GUUAAUUUAUGUCAACGAAGAGACAAAACUAAAAAGAGAAGUAAAAGAUUAUGCCAACAAUUUAAGAGCAUAAUAAUUGUACAAUUAUUUAAAUUGAUAGUGGUAGCUGAUAUUCCUAAAACACUUUCUAGUGAAGGUACUUUACAAAGUCAUUUUAGUUGGAGAUAAUUAGAAACAAUAAUAAAAUGAU